GUUGUCAUUUGUGAAACAGUGGAAUUUCGGCGUCCAGAUGGUAAAUAAGUAACUGGGUUUUGUAAACUAGGAUGAUACAAACACGAAAAUUUAGUCCGGAAAAAAGCUGAUGCUCCAUUAGUAUUAUUAUUAUUAUUGUUGAUUUGAACUCACGGAACCAGCAAAUAUCUUUUGAUUCUGUGGGACAGAAACUGUAGUUAUGGUCAACAAGAAAAAUAUUUGGACAAAAAAAAGAGGGAACAGAUGAGAUAUGCACUGAACCAGGCCCUAUGAUCCAAGUCUACCCAACCAGUGUUAAUUUAAAAGAAGAUUGGGAGGAGACGGCGAAUCAAGAGGUGGUAACAUCAACAAGAUAUGCAUCCAACAGUAGAAGGUUGAUUCAACGUAGGGGUGAUAGUUGUGGCAUUUCAUUUCAAGAAACUAUUAAUGAAAGAGUUGUCCAUGAUGAACUGAAGAUAGGCACAUGGGAAUCAACAAUUUUCACCAUGUUUGGUACACACACAGAAGGAUUGACCUCACAAGAAGCUAACGUACUCUGCACGAAACUAAAAUAUCGUUUGAGGGAAAAAGAACUGCAGAAAUUUAGUUGCAGUUUCUGCCUACAGAGCUUUCCCUCAAAAUAUAAACUCAUAAAGCAUGUCUUCACACACAUAGAUGGUGUGCAGCCGCCUAUAUAUAUUUGUAAGUUGUGUGGUGAAGUAUUUCCCAGUAAUGGUAGCUUAAACAAACAUGGGAAAAUGGGUGUGUGUGAUCAAGCUUUACUUGCCGGUAUUAAUGAGAAAUUUGACUCUAGUUAUAACCCCAAAAAAACUGCCUUCUUGGAUCAUGAUCAAGAACUUUCUAUGUUGGAACAGACUGAGAAGCAGUCUUCAUCUAAGGACUCUGGGAAGACUUUAAAAAAAACCUUUAAUGACAUUUGUAACACACUAACUAUUUCACGCAACUCAAAGAAACGAGACAGAGGUGAAAGUAAUUCAACUGUAACAGCAGCUAUUAAAGUAAGUACAAACACUGUUGGACUUACUGUAAAGAGACCCCACAAAUGUGAUAUAUGUGGCAACUGCUUUACACAGCUGGGUUCUCUAAAGGGCCAUAUAUUAAUACACACUGGGAAGAAACCUCACAAAUGUGAUGUGUGUGGCAAAUCUUUUACACAAUUGAGUACUCUCAAGAGCCACGUCUUAAUACACACUGGAAAAAGACCACACAAAUGUGACAUUUGUGGCAAAUCUUUUACUCAGUUAAGUACUCUCAAGACACACUUAUUAUUACACAAAGGAAACAGACCACACACGUGUGAAAUAUGUGGCAAAUCGUUUGCUCUGUUGCGUGGUCUGAAGUGCCAUGCAUUAAUACAUGCUGGUAUAAAACCACACAAAUGUAAUAUUUGUGGUAAUUCUUUCACUCAGUUGGGUCAUCUCAAGGAGCAUGUAUUAAUACACAUAGGAAUAAGACCACACAAAUGUCAUGUAUGUGGCAAAUCUUAUACCCAGUCAAAUACUCUCAAGAAACAUGCAUUGACACACAUGGGAAGGAGACCAUACGAGUGUGAUAUUUGUGGCAUGUCUUUUACUCAGUCGGGUAAUCUGAAGACUCACUCCUUAAUACACACUGGACAGAGACCCCAUAAAUGUGAUAUCUGUGGCAAGUCUUUUGUCCAGUCAGGUACUCUGAAGAGUCAUAGAAUAAUACACACUGGAAAGAGACCGCACAAAUGUGGUAGUUGUAACAAAUCUUUUACUGAUUUACGUAAUCUCAAGAGACAUGAAUUAAUACACACUGGUAAGAGACCCCACAAAUGUGAUAUCUGUGGCAAAUGUUUUACUCAGUUGGGCAAUCUCAAGAGGCAUAUAUUAUUACAUACUGGAAAGGAACAUUCAGUGCUCUGGAUAAGGCAAGGAAAUGUAAUGGUAUUUUGCAUAUCACUUCAAGGAUGGUGUCAUUCUGAGAUCCAUGAAGCUGUAAAUGCUAGGCAGAAGGAGAUGCUUAAAAUACAACGUGGGCGAAAACAUAAUGAGAACUGCCUAAUAGUGUGGUGGUCCACCGUUGGAAUGUACUACUGGAAAUAUUCUGCUUGGUAUGGCCUUGUGACAUGCACCCCAGAUGAAUGUCCACUAUGUCACAAUUUUGGACCCAAAUGCUUGUAUCUGGGUAUGAUCAUUGAUGUGGUGCAACAAGAAAGUCACUCAUUCAGCAUGGAUCAGUUUAUUUUCCACUUCCUCCCAAUUUUUUGUUUGUUUAAAAUAUCUGCUUUGCUAUGUCAUGUCAUACCUGAAGUGACUUCAUGUAGUUGUAAUAAAUGUUGUGGAUAUUCUGAUUUAGUAAUAAUGGACACACAUGUUGUAUUCCCAGGAAUGACUACUUGUAACAAUAACUUCAACAAUUAUUGCUCAAGUAAGAACAGAUCUCAUAAUUUACAAAUAACAUAUUCUCAAAUUAAGUCCCUGUACAAUGUACAAUACAAUAUAAUACUCUCAUCUAAUCUGUCCAUCCGUUCCUUGGGGUGGAAGAAAAUGUAUGCAUCUAUCAUUGUCUGA